AUGAUUAAGCCACUCUUUGCACUUCUUUUCUUAGCCCUGUUGGCUUGUACUUGCCUUGCACGGCCAAUGCCAGAAGAAGCAGAACCAGAUGUACGUGUAAAACGGGACGAUGGAGAUGAUGAUGGAGAGGAUGGAGAUGAUAGCGACGACGAUAGCGACGACGGCGGUAAUUCAUGCGCUUAGUAAACCGUUAGUUAGCUUUAGUUGUUAGUUGUUGGACAAGAAAGGUUUUUUUAAAAUCCUGUUUCAAUACGAUUCAGAGGAGGUUUCUCAAUUGAACUUGUGCCCGUGAGCUUUUUUCUGUCUCUCCCAAGCAAACCAGGAGAUCAGAGUACAAAAAAAGCAUCUCUUUGUUUCAAACUUUUUGCUUAUUUGUCUCGUGGAAGAUAUAUUUUGGGUUUCGUUUAUUCUUAGACUCACGAAGGAAACGCCGAGAUUCAGAAGAUGAUGGUGACGAUGGAGAAGAUAGUGACGACGCUAUCGAUCCUUAAUAAAUCAAUGAGUUUAAUAGGUUUAAUAGGGGUAGAAAAUACCUGGCAUCUGCCAAUGAAAUUCAAAUCCUAAAAAUAUAUAUGUGUCAAAAAAGAGUCCAUUACCGAGUAACGAUGGCCUUAACGUUGAAUCUAUAGCCAUUUUCUUUGAAGCAUUUUAAGAGCGUUUGGGCUAGAUGGAUCACUGUAUAAGUAGUGCACACAGCUGGUGCGGGCAAUUUACCUUGCAAAAGUAAGAUUAAAAUUCAAUACAAAAAAAUUUCAAUUUCUGUAAGAAGCAAGAUUAGACCGAGGGUAUACCAAGCGAACGAAAAACUUUUGAUAACUUUUAGCAUUGAAAAAUGGAAUCGCCUGAUGCAAAAAGCGCUGUGGCAUUGUGGCCUAAUGGAAGAAAACCACCGACGAAUCUGAUGAUCGUUACGUAUUUUCCCUGAAUUCAGUAUAACGCAAUCCCCUUCCAUUCAAGAUUGUCCAGUGCAGAACGGCAUUCGGGUCGACAACUCAUCCAGUCCUUACCUGAACCUUUGCUUUGCUUUGGGUAGCUUGACACUGGAAGUUAUUGAAGAACGUUUUUAAAAAACUCCGAAGAUUAAGUAACUCAACAAGUAGUUUUUUAUUAAGUCACAUCUUCCUUAAAAACUAUUUUGUCUGUACAUACGCGCAGGAAACGUCGAGAUGUAGAUGAUGACGGUUUUGUUUCCUUCCAAUGACAAAUAUCAGUUAAUUAAUGAUAGAUUUUAUCAAUCAAUUUUAUUCAUUUCCUUAAAAAACUUUUCUUUUGAUCUUAUUUUGUCUGCAGACAAACGCAGGAGACGUCGAGAUGCAGAUGAUGAUGAUGACGAUGAUGAUGAUGACGACGACGAUAGUGAAGGUAACUUAAUCUCUUUAUUAACAAGUUUUCUUUCUUCGAAUAACAAAUAUAAAUUAUUUAACAAUUUUUUUUAAUCAAUUAACUUUUUUAAUUUUUUUUUCUGCAGAUAAACGCAGGAGGCGUAGAGAUGCAGAUGAUGAUGAUGAUGAUGAUGAUGAUGACGAUGAUGAAGGUAACUUAAUCUCUUUAAUAACACGUUUUCUUCAAUUCGAAUAACAAAGUUCAAUUAUUAAUUUUUACUAGUUAAUUUAAUUUUUUAAAAAACAAUUUUGUCUGCAGAUAAACGCAGGAGACGUAGAGAUGCAGAUGAUGAUGAUGAUGACGACGACGACGACGACGAUGAAGGUAACUUAAUCUCUUUAUGAACAAGUUUUCUUCCCUUCGAUUAACAACAUAUCAGUUAUUAAAUUUUAUUUAUUAAUUUUAUUUUUUUCUUCAAACUAUUUUGUCUGCAGAUAAACGUAGGAGACGUCGAGAUGCAGAUGAUGAUGAUGAUGAUGAUGACGACGACGACGACGACGAUGGAGGUAACUUAAUCUUUUCAUUAACAAGUUUCUUCCCUUCGAAUACCAUGCAAAUAUCAAUUAUUUAAUUUUUUUUUUUUUAUCUAUUAUUUUUUUUUCUUAAAACAAUUUUGUCUGCAGAUAAACGCAGGAGACGUCGAGAUGUAGAUGAUGAUGAUGACGAUGAUGAUGAUGACGACGACGAUGAAGGUAACUUAAUCUCGUUAUUAACAAGUUUGCUUUCCUUCGAAUAACAAAUAUCAAUUAUUAAAUUUUACUUGUUAAUUUAAUUUUUAAAAAAACAAUUUUUCCUGCAGAUAAACGCAGGAGACGUCGAGAUGCAGAUGAUGAUGAUGACGAUGAUGAUGACGACGACGACGAUGAAGGUAACUUAAUCUCGUUAUUAACAAGUUAUCUUUCCUUCGAAUAACAAAUAUCAAUUAUUUAACAUUUUUUUUUUUUAUCAAUUAUCGUUUUUCUAAAAACUAUUUUUUCCUGCAGAUAAACGCAGGAGACGUCGAGAUGCAGAUGAUGAUGAUGACGAUGAUGAUGACGACGACGACGAUGAAGGUAACUUAAUCUCUUUAUUAACAAGUUUUCUUUCCUUCGAAUAACAAAUAUAAAUUAUUUAACAAUUUUUUUCUUAUCAACUAACUUUUACUUAAAAACAAUUUUUUCCUGCAGAUAAACGCAGGAGACGUAGAGAUUCAGAUGAUGAUGAUGAUGACGACGACGACGACGACGAUGAAGGUAACUUAAUGUCUUUAAUAACAAGUUUUCUUUCCUUCGAAUAACAAAUUUCAAUUAUUUCAUAAAUUUUUUUUAUUAAUUUUUUUCUUAAAACUAUUUUUUCUGCAGAUAAACGCAGGAGACGUAGAGAUGCAGAUGAUGAUGAUGAUGACGACGACGACGACGACGAUGAAGGUAACUUAAUCUCUUUAUUAACAAGUUUUCUUUCCUUCGAAUAACAAAUUUCAAUUAUUUAACAAUUUUUUUCUUAUCAACUAACUUUUACUUAAAAACAAUUUUUUUCUGCAGAUAAACGCAGGAGACGUAGAGAUUCAGAUGAUGAUGAUGAUGACGACGACGACGACGACGAUGAAGGUAACUUAAUGUCUUUAAUAACAAGUUUUCUUUCCUUUGAAUAACAAAUUUCAAUUAUUUCAUAAAUUUUUUUUAUUAAUUUUUUCUUAAAACUAUUUUUUCUGCAGAUAAACGCAGGAGACGUAGAGAUGCAGAUGAUGAUGAUGAUGACGACGACGAUGACGACGAUGAAGGUAACUUAAUCUCUUUAUUAACAAGUUUUCUUUCCUUCGAAUAACAAAUUUCAAUUAUUUAAUUUUACUUGUUAAUUUAAUUUUUUUAAAAACUACUUUUUCUGCAGAUAAACGUAGGAGACGUAGAGAUGCAGAUGAUGAUGAUGAUGAUGACGACGAUGACGACGAUGAAGGUAACUUAAUCUCUUUAUUAACAAGUUUUCUUUCCUUCGAAUAACAAAUUUCAAUUAUUUAAUUUUACUUGUUAAUUUAAUUUUUUAAAAAACUACUUUUUCUGCAGAUAAACGUAGGAGACGUAGAGAUGCAGAUGAUGAUGAUGAUGAUGACGACGACGACGACGACGAUGAAGGUAAUUUAAUGUCUUUAAUAACAAGUUUUCUUUCCUUCGAAUAACAAAUUUCAAUUAUUUCAUAAUUUUUUUUGUUAAUUUUUUCUUAAAACUAUUUUUUCUGCAGAUAAACGCAGGAGACGUAGAGAUGCAGAUGAUGAUGAUGAUGAUGACGACGACGACGACGAUGAAGGUAAUUUAAUGUCUUUAAUAACAAGUUUUCUUUCCUUCGAAUAACAAAUUUCAAUUAUUUCAUAAAUUUUUUUCUUAAUUUUUUCUUAAAACUAUUUUUUCUGCAGAUAAACGCAGGAGACGUAGAGAUGCAGAUGAUGAUGAUGAUGACGACGACGACGACGACGACGAUGAUGGUAACUUAAUCUCUUUAUCAACAAAUUUUCUUCCCUUCGAUUAACAAAUAUCAGUGAUUAAAUUUUAUUUAUUAAUUUUAUUUUUUUCUUCAAACUAUUUUGUCUGCAGAUAAACGUAGGAGACGUCGCGAUGAAGAUGAUGACGAUGAUGAUGACGAUGACGACGACGACGAUGAAGGUAACUUAAUCUCUUUAUUAACAAAUUUUCUUCCCUUCGAAUCAUGACAAAUAUCAAUUAUUUAAUAGCAAUUUUUAUUUAUUAAUUUUCCCUUUAAAACUAUUUUGUCUGCAGAUAAACGCAGGAGACGUCGAGAUGCAGAUGAUGACGAUGAUGAUGAUGAUGAUGAUGAUGAUGAUGAUGAUGAUUCAGGUAAGUGUCCUUUUAAACCACUCCGCUUUAAAGUUUUUGAUUCAAGGUUACCUAUCAUCUUUUUUUUUUUUUUUUAUAAUAUUUGCUGAAAUACAUUUCUUUAGCCUUCUGUUACAAUUUCAAUGAGACCUCUUUGAUUAAACGUUUCCUUUUUUAACUCUUUGAAAUUUUCAAAAAAAGAAACAUGAUUUACAAAAGUGAUUUUUUUUCUUUUGCCAUCAACAUUUUGUGCUUAUAGAAACUUCUCCAGGGAUGAUUAUUAUCAGUCUCAAGACAAAAUGAAAACAAUGCUCAUGCAAAAUUGUGUGGGGAAAAAUUAAUUGUAAUGUCAAAGUCACAAAUAACAUCCAGUUUUUCAAACAAGCCUUCGCCUGAAGACUGAUAAAUACUACUUUAACUUUUCUUCAUCAGAUAAACGCAGGAAACGCUGAAAUGUUACAAGCCAGCUCCUUUUCCAUGGCUCUCUGCAAGAAUGAGAUUAAGCUACAACUGAAAUUGCUUUCCGGCAGGAGCCUAUCAGGUUCCUGUUUCUGGUCAAUAAAUAUUCUGGAAAUUGCCUGAAUCUUCUGCAGCUAAAAUGGAAAUCUCAUCAAUCACUUCGUAUUCAAGAAUUUCUAUACAGGAAUAGCUUUCCAAUAAUUAAUUUUUGGAUUUUGUAACAGACAGAGAAUGCCUUUUGAGCAUUCUAGACGCCUUCGAUUGCUGGACACCUGCAUAGCAAAUGUUAGGAUUAAUUAAUUAAAGCUGGCUCGCAAACAGCUUUUAACUAUAAACGACGAUGGAAAAUCUCCAAACAAAACAAUAAGUUACCGAGUAUUAGUGAAAUGACAUAACAUGUAUUUAAUGAAAUGCUGAUGGACGAUACGACUAACAUGUACCUGGUUAUGCGUACAAAGUUUGAGAAAUAAAUUCGACGAAGCUAAGAGGAACUGUCAGUCUUGUUUCUUGAAACAUGGCCGAUGAAAGUAUUAUUUUGGAAUUUCAAACCUGUGAGAGGCCUUUCCGAGCGGCCUUAAGCCUCUGUUUCAGAGGGAGGCUAAGUGCAAAGCCAUUGAUAUGAAAAUUAUUUUUGAUUCCCAUAGAAAUAAAACUCAUUUUCAAAACCUUAACAAAGAUUUUGCACAUAGCCUCGUUUUGAAAGUGAAAGUUUUUGGAAUUCGGAAAUGGCCUACUCCUUUAGAAACCUCAUGUGGAGGCGUUUGUGGCCGAGCGGUUAACACCUUGAACUCUGAAUCUGGAGGUCCGGGCUUCAAGCCUCGCACGUCGCGUUCUUUCCUUAGACAAGGAAAUUUACACCACUUUGUCUCUCUUUACCCGGGUGUAUAAAUGGGUGCCGGCGACAUACUGCUGGUGGGAUAACGCUACAAUGGACUAGCAUCCUGUCCAGGGGGGAGUAGCAAUCCUCCUAGGCAUGGUUCAUGAUACGGAAUUUACUGCAUACAGUGCAACAAAAGCGAUACGUGUGGUUUGGCAAGUGAUCAUUGAAACUCUCCAGUGGGGUUCGGCUUAAAUCCCAUCAAUUCCGCAGGUUUUUAUCGGCUUAUUCAGUUCCCUAACAUAAGUUUUAAAAGCCUUUUAGCGAGAUUAAAUGUCAGAAAAAAAGUGAUAGGAUGGAAUUAUAGGCAUUAGGAGGCAGCGUGGCGGAGCGGUUAGAGCACUGGUCUUGUAAUUCGGAGGCCUCGAGUUCAAGUCCCGUCUCGACCGCUAGCUGGAUUUGUUCUCGGUAGUCCCGAGUUCAAAUCCUCGGCCACGCUUGUAAAUGGCCAGCUGGUUUGCCUUCGGCUAGUUGGGAUUCUUAACCCUGUUAUGUUUGAUUCAGAUUAUUUGUUUCAUGCAUUUGCUCGGCCCCACUAGCAUUAGUGCUAUAAAUACUACCGAGGGUAAAUAACGGAAUUAUUUAUUAUUUAUUUAUUUGACACUAUAUGACUACUUUGGAGGGACGCAUUUACCCAGUCUUCCGCGCAACUACGUACCAGUUACAAAUAUAACUAUUAAUAUUGGCCCCCAAGCCUUCCAAACUCUCAAAUCGUGACAUUGAAAUAAGCCAAAUUCCAUGUCCUCGUUAGCUAUUCAAAGCCAAGAACUCCGUUUCUUUUAAUGACGAGAGAAGGAACUUUGAUAUAUUUUUGAAAAAUUUGUUUACUACGGUAUACCGAAGGACAGUGUUUUCCAUUUCUCAACAGCAACUUUUAUUCGUCCACGUACACUUCUCUGUUGUUUGUACCAAAUCAAAAGCCAUGUCGUAAUCAUUUGAGUUUUUCAUGUUCUCUUGCUAUCUGGCAGCCCCUUGUAAAAGUUAGUUCUAACAAAAUAUUAGGUAACGAAGACCUAAAAUAUCACUACACUAGCGUCUUAUCAAUUUUCUUUUUAAUACUGAAUUGUCUCAAGUCGUCUUUUUUCAACCUCUUCCUAGUAGCGCGCAGUGUGUGAUGGGAAGCAGGAAGGAACAGCAACCAAAGAGCCAGCUUUUCAGCUUUUUAUCCCUUUAUACCGUGAUGUCUUCCAUAGGAGGGUAUCGGCUGUAUUUUGCAAUACUCUGAUACUAACACUAAGCCUGAGUGCGCGUUUGGAUUAAGGCCCAUUGCAAACCCAUCAGUACAUAAUAUCAGUUCACUCUUGCAUGAAUAGAUCCCAUGGCGAAAAAAAAAAGACAUUUUCAGAAUGUUUUCUAGUCGGGCAUGGAAAAGACAGCUUUUAACUUCGCUAAUGUGAUUGUUAUGUUUAUUCUACUUGGCUGAAGUCAGUUGUGAUAGCGUGUCUUUCUACACUAGCUGAUUAUAUGUGAGGCGUGACUGAAUAUAAAAACCGUAAUGUGAUAACAAAUCGUGAAAGCUGUCACAAAGACACUCCGAAUCCUCAGAGUCACGACAGCUUUGAUCGAUUCGUUCAUCAGCUCAGACAGCUCAGUGUUGUUGGAGAGGUUGACUUUAUCUAACUAGUCCCUCAAAUAGACCCAAAUCUUCAAAUGCACGAUGAAUUCUUUCUUUACUGCAACAAUAUUAGGUAAGUCUUUCCAAUAGAUCACGUCAAGCUUCUUGGGACCUCACAUUUAAAGAACCUUGGAACUACCCGCAGUCAUGUACUUGGACAGAAACACUAUAUAACCAGGCCAUUUAAUACACUUGUUUAAGGCACCGCUACAGAGGAGAACAUAUCAAACAACAAGUUCCAUCGAACGCAUCGGAAACGUUUUCAGAAAUAACAUUAUUCGGACUUUUAGACUCUCAAAUGAAUAUUAAUUACUCGUGUUCUAUUAAGGCUUGUCUAAACAUGGCUUUAGCCGUAGCUUUAAGCAACCAAGGCUGCGGUAGGCAUGAUUCAUACCUGGAACGUUAGACCUAAAGCCUGUGGAUUUUAACCCCAGGUUUUAGGUCUGUAGACACUUCGUUCCUUGACUCUAAGCCCGCCUAAUCACCAAAUAAAUUUUACCCAUAGAUGCAAAACUGAACUUGGCCUGAUCUGUCUGCUUGUCAUUCAGUGAUUACCCCCAGCGCUGAUUGACGUACAAGUGUGUGAAUUAUUUCAGUGUCUUCAAUUUCCUUCACAUGGAAAUCGGUCUUUCUGAGCAUUUUCUUCAUUUUUAGCGUUGGUGUAUACAUUUGUUCAAGCAAGUCAAGAGACCACCAAAUUAUGCAACAUCACACAACACCAAGAUGCACGAGACGACAUUUUGACGUGGUUCAAAGUGCGUGACGCGCUUGACAUCUCUUGGUUACAUGCAGUCAAUUCGCCUACAAAACUUGAGCAGGGUUUGUCUGGCGAAAUUAUGAUGUUAGAAGCAGAUGUUUUGAUGCGAAACAAUCAGGUAUGUCAGGGGAUUUAUCAAUGGAUUCUCUUUCCAUUAUUUCCCCUUCGAUCAUUCAGGUAUUUACGCCUGUGUAACAAGAAAAGAAUCUUAAACACUGUCUAAAUUUCGCCAGUGACUUGGUGAUUAAUUGAGUAGGAGAAUAACUGAAUGAUUAAUACUUAUGAUUGAUUAAUCAAUAAGUUAUUAAUUGAUCAGUUGGUUUCGUUAAUGGAUCAAUCGAUUGAUUGAAUGACUGAUUGUGAUUGAUUGAUUGAUCCACUGAUUGAUUGACUGAUUCAUUGAUUGACUAACUGAUUGGUUGGCUGAUUGAUUGAUUUAUUGACCAAUUGAUUGAUUGACUGACUGACUGACUGAAAGAUUUAUUGCUUGAUUGAUUGAUUGAUUGAUUGAUUGAUUGAUUGACUGAUUAAUCAAUUGGUGGAUCAAAUCGAUCGAUUGAUCUCGAUCACUAGAUAAGGAGUGACUGAUUGAUUGGUUGUUUGGUUGAAUGACUGAUCGAUUGAUCGAUUGAUAGACUGAUUGAUGGUUAGAUAAAUGGGGAAAGAAUGACUAAUUAACUGAUUGACUGACUGAUCGAUAGAUUGACUGACUGACUGAUUGAUUGACUAACUGAUUGGUUGAUUGUUGACUGAUUGAUUGAUUGAUUGAUUGAUUGAUUGAUUGAUUGAUUAAUUGAUUGAUUGACUGACUGAUUGGUGGUUAGAUGAAUGGGGAAAGAAUGACUGAUUAACUGAUUGACUGAUCGAUCGAUCGAUCGACUGACUCAUUGAUUGAUUGAUUGAUUGAUUGAUUGAUUGAUUGAUUGAUUGAUUGAUUGAUUGAUUGAUUGAUUGAUUGAUUGUCUCCAUUAGGUAAAUGGUACUCCAGUGAUGGCCCAUCCUCCAGCCGUGGACAGCAACCUCACUCUGGCAGAUUUUCUAAAGCAAACAACAACCUCGUCAAAGGGCAUCAAGUUGGAUUUCAAGACGAUUGUGGUGGUCGAGCCGUCCCUGACGAUGAUAGAGAACAUGACAUUCGGAAGGGAUGUCAAAAACCCGAUCUGGCUCAACGCUGACAUACUACCUGGUCCAUGCUACGACAAGAUAUGCGUUCCGGUCGAUCAUUUUCGGUUUUUAUCUCUCUGCAAAAAAUACUUUCCCAAAGCAACUCUUUCCAUAAGCUGGACAACAGGCUACAAUAUGACACCGGCGGAAAACUACUACAAUUGGUCUCAAGCUAUUUCGAUGGGGAAGCUUGUGUCGCAAAUUUCUCGGCCCAUAACAUUUCCCAUCCGUGCGGUUUUGGUAAAACGCUCCUGGGAACAGAUUCAUUGGUUGCUUGACUUAUCAGAAACCUUCACCAUAACUAUUUGGUCCUCAGUCUCUGACAAGGUAGACGUCCAAGACCUCGUUAGACUUAGAGGGAGUGUUUUGGACAAAAGAAGAGUCUUUUACGAUCUUCCACCAAGCCAAGAGAAGGCGUUCAAAGCAGCUUUAAAAUCCCCUGGGACUAAAUACAUCUCAAAUUCCGUAAACAGCGUCUGGUGGAGAGCCAUAGCGAGAAAGGAAUGUGAAGAUGUUCUUGUUGGUCGUAACAGCGUGAUGUUUUCGGGAGAGGGUGGUUUGGUGAUAUCGGACAAGAUUCUUUAUAAGAUCACUGCCUAUUAUUACCUAUUCGUAAACGGCAUUUGUUCAUUUGUCAAGACUGAUGCGCCAAAUGACAAGAGGACUGUUACAAUACAAGUUCACGUUGAAAACGCCACAGGGACGGUAACAAACGUAGGAAAGGCAAGUUCUUCGGGUGAUGGCAAGUUUGUAACGCUGGUUCUGGACAACAAUGGUGACUUUCAGUUUUCGAUAAAUGGCGGUGAUACCAAACAAGGAUCCGUUAAAAGCGACACUAAUAUGUUCAAAUUCUUGAUCACGGAGAGUUCACCUGAUGGUAAACGCAGAACAUUCAAGUGUUGGAUCACUGCGCAAGACAGCAAGAAGGAAGAAGCAUUCGUUUCCUUGGAAACAGAGAGCGAGCCAAUGGCAGGUCAUCUGUUGAUCAGUACUGGAGUACAAUCAGGAGCGGUCCUGGUGCAGAAGGUCCAGAUUCGGUUGGCAGCUAGUGAGACUUCUGGGAGCGGAAAAGGGCCCCAUUAUUUUCAUACGUUUCUGUCUGUUUUGUGGGCAGUGGCAGCAACUACGCUAUAUUUGUAGAAAGGACGCGAUGCCAUCCCAAACUAUGAAAACAAGCUACAGUCAAAUCCCCGCCCUACGGACACCUCAUUAUCACGGACAGUUUGUUUUGUCCCUGGGGAAAGAAAGCCCUUACAUUUUCUCUAAAUUCAACCCGCUUAAUAGGAGCAC